ACCUCGCGUGGGGUUGGAGCAGGGCGUGGGGCUGCACACCUGGCUGGGGGGGUGGUGCAGAAGAAGCUGCCCCAGCAGAUGCUCUUCAGCAGCCCCCAGCGAGACAUCUGCACUGAGACAGGACACAACUUCCCCGAGUGAAGGCAAGAGGUGGCUGAGGGUGGCAAGGGAUUGCUGGCACGAAACCCCUCCACUGUUGUCUCUGUUGCCAUGGCCCAGUCGCUUCUCCAGCUCUGCAUCUGCCUGCAGAUUCUAGGUUUCCAUGCAAGCCUCCUUGUAGCCCUGACUCCAGAGAGUGUCUUAGCCCAAGCUAACAGCAAAGCAGAAAUCCUCUGUAAGCUGAAGGUGGAGCAGGCAGGGGUGUACUGGUACCGCUGGAGCCAGGAGAGGCAGCAGUUCCAGUUCUUGGUAUUUUCCAGCCCCCUGGGCAAGGCCACCUUCAGUGCAAACAUCAGCCAGGACAAGUUUAGUGUCCAAGGGGCAAGAUCUGGCAGAUCCUACAGCUUGCAAAUCAGUGACCUCCACUCUUCAGACAAUGGCACCUACUACUGCUCCAUCUCCCAGUCCUCCCAGCUCCUCCUGGGCAGUGGGACACAGCUGGGUGUGGUCGAUGCUCUGCCUGUGCCUCCAAAGACCACUGCAGCACCACCCUCCAGGAGAAAGCCCAUGCCGUGCGUGCCCCGGAGCAGAGCUGCUGACAGGCAAGGAGCCUGUAGCCUGCUGGUCUGGGUCCCACUGGCCUUUGGCAUCGUCAUCCUCCUUCUGAGCCUGGUCUCCAUGGCACACCGCCUGCACCGGCUGCGGCGGAGGCUGUGGCUUCACAUCCACAGGCAGUAGACCACACUGGGCCCCUGCCUCAAGCUGGCAGUGGGAAGCUACGGAAGCUCUGCUGCGUCCAGCCUGGCCAGGAAGACCAUCACUGCAGCAGGCAUGGGCUCACCCUGCAAGCCAGACGUUCCUCUCCUGCAAUGGACUGUGACUUUAAUGGUUGGCCUUGAUACAACAGCUGCCAAAAAGACCAUGCUGGAUCCCACAGCACAGCUCAAAGGGUGCAGGCAGGUGCAGCCACUGCUGCUGGCUGCAGCAGGGGCACCGGGGCUAGUGUACCAGAGGGAUUAUGAUGGGCUGGAAAGAUGCUCUAAGAGCUUCUUGGCUCUCUUCUCUGCUCACAGGACAGCAGAUGGGUACUGUUGUUCUGCCCCUGCUAACACCAUCUGGUGAGGCUUUGUGGUACUUUGAGAGCAAUCAGCACACGGCACUGGCAGGUCACUGGCCGCUUGCAAAGGCCCUGUACAAGCAUGUUGGUGAGAAACAGUGAGCAGAUCACUCAGCUCCCUGCCUCUGCAGGCUGCUGUCUUGUGGCUACACUCAAUGCAGGACAUGGCUUCCCGGUGAGCAAGGAGACGUGGCCUCCAGCCAAGCAAGAGCUGAAGCAGAGCAGCACGGGGUGGGGGACAGAUCUGGGAGGGCAUCUUGCCCACAGGAGAUUGCUAGCAGCCAGGAGUGGGAGAGGAGGCAGAGAGACAUGCCCAAGGCCAGACACCUGGCACAGCCUGAAAGCCUUCAUGCAGGCAGGCAGCCAGCUGCUGGCCUGGGGCUUGGCAGAGCGGCACAGCUGGGGGGAGAGUCACCCUAAGCAAUGCUGGGGGGGUUGAGCCCCCGCCAGUGUCCGUCCUGUGGGUGCUGAGCCCAGAGCAAUAUCUGUGGGUGCUGAGCCCCCGGCGAAACCCAUGAGUGCUGAGUCCCCAGCAACAGCCGUGGGCACUGAGCCCUGAACGAUGCUCUGGGCGCUAAGCCCACGGAGGGUUCCCUUCUGCUUUGGAAUACCAAAACUUCAGCUCAACUUCCCAUGCUUGAGGCGUCUCGACCUUAAUGUCCCCCCCCUGCUUCAUCUCUCGGCCAGCACAGGAGGUGGCCUCCCAUGGCCAAGGUCUGGGCCAGGAAAGGCUUUCCCACCCUACCAGAAGGUGAGCAGCCUGAGGGACAGCCCUGCCUGCUCUCCACGUGCCCAUGCUCACGCCGUGCCGUGGGGAGCCCCUUCGGGACGGCUCUGUCUGGCCUUGGCAGCCUUCGGCCGCCAGUUUAUCCCAGCUGCGGUGACAGCAGCCGGGAGAGGGUCAGCCCCUCGGCUCUGCCUGCCCGUGAGCAGCUGCAGCAGCCCGCGGACAGCCCGCCCCGGGUCUGAGUUCUCCGCUUUGGCUUUGAUGUUCCUUUGCAAUCUGAGAAUAAAAAAAGCUAAAAACCCCCAAAGUCCACAUCUUCUGGAGCCAGCAGGGGACAGCAAGAGCCGCAGAUACCUGCCCUGUGGAAACAGCUCUGCGCAGUUCGGCGAUAGAUUCUUGCUGGUGUAAGAAUGGUGCUAAUUGCUGCAAUCCUCACAGCGGGUUCAGACAGCAAACCGGCAGAGAUGCGAGCAGCAGGUUCCACAGCUGGGGCAGUCGGUGGAAGAAAAUCCCCUCCCUUUUCAUUGCCCUUUUCCCCAGCGCUGAGAGCACGGUGGUGAGAGCAGGCGAGGGGCAGGGGCACCCUGCUACGGUGCGUGGGGGACAGGGAUGCUUCCACUAUGGACAGGAGAGGGCAUUUCUGCUGGAGCUGCGGCCCUGGGAGCCACGGGGGAGAGACAGGGGGAACAGCACUGCCGUCACCCUGUCACCACAGCCACCUGGUGAUGGCUAUCCCUAACUUACUCCUCAUUGCCUUCUGAGGACAGAAGCCUCCUGCUGAGGGAGCAGUGGGAGCACCGCCAGCCUCCUGUCUCUUCCAUCCCUAGAAGGGAAAAUCCCGGGGUUGUAUCUAUAACCCCGAGCGCUCUGGGCGGCAGUUAAACCAUCACAUCCUGCAUGACAAAAGGAGACAUCUGUCUUGGUCCAGCCUUUCUGCAGCAUCUUCUUCGGUCAUUUAAGAUGGGAUGGUUGACUUUGAACAGGACAAGGAGGGGGCUGCAGCAUUAGGUGCAAGCUUUGUUGUGCCCAUCUUGGUGAGUCAGGGUGAGGAACUGUAAAAGAGGUCCAAAAUUACAGGUUGCAAUAAUCUGCUGUUAUUAUUAUUUUAUUACUUUAUUGUCUACAUUGAUGUUUAUGUCCUGUCUACAUUCUAUACAGAGCAAGUCUAAACUGUAGCUUGGGAGAAAUAUCACCACCUGAAAACACAAAAACACCUUUUCCCCUCCAAGUACCACCAAAAUGUCUCCUUUACCCUUGGCGUGGGAGGACAAAAAGUCCUUUGCAAUCCAGGCUGAAAUAAAGAGGUUAAAGAAUCGCCCUUUGAGCCAGCAGGAACUGCUGAGAAAGGAGCUAGAGCCUCACUUGUCACAGCCAUGGGCUAGGAAGCUCAGGGGUGGCACAGGGCCACAGCAAGUUUCUGUCACAGAACAGUGAGGCUUCCCCGUGUGGGUCUGACACAAGCACUGCUCCCAGGCGCACACCCUGGGACGGAGCUCGUGAGAAGAUGAG